AGUUAUCCCUUUGUCCAACGCCAGCUCAGUUUACCUGCUCUGGAAUGGAGGUCAAUUCGUCACCGAAUGAGAAAAGAGCAGCCAGCAUAUUGUAUUCAGCUCCUUCAGUAGAUCAUGACGGAGGGAACAAGCCUGAUACUGAAGCCGAUAUUCAUUCUGUUUCAAGUACUAAUAUUGAAGUAGGGCCGGAAAGGAACGGACAAGCUCCAAUCCAACCAGAAGAAGCAGCCCAAGAACAACCCUCAAGAGCGAUAAAAGUUAGAAGAUUCAUUAUAAAGUUUAUCCAAACAUAUUGGUUCCUGAUGGGACUUGCAGUAGUCAUCGUCCUAGCUUGGAGGUUCCCUGGAGUAGCCAAGAAAGACGGAGUCAUCCAUUCGGAAUGGAGCAUCAAAUGGGGAGCGGUCAUCGUUAUUUUCUUAAUAUCUGGUCUAUCUUUACGCACUCGAACCCUUGCAAAAACAGUCGUGCGGGUUAGAUUACAUCUGAUGAUCCAAAUUAUCAGUCUCAUUAUCAUUCCCUUCACUGUCUACGGCAUUGCUCUUCUAUUUGCUACAGUCAAUCUCCCGAUCAAUCACAUGCUACUUUUAGGUUUGGUGAUUGCCGGAUGUACGCCUACUACCGUUUCAUCUAACGUAGUCAUGACCAGAAACGCCAAGGGCAAUGAAGCUUCAGCUCUGAUGAACGCUGCUUUGGGGAAUGUUCUCGGUAUUUUCGUAUCUCCGGCGUUAAUGUCGGUUUUUGAGAAGGAUACCAGAAUUGCACCAUCAACUAAUGCCCACGGAAGUCUCGACUAUAUUGACGUCCUGAAGAAUCUUGGAUUGACCAUUUUAGUGCCUUUGGUCGUUGGCCAAAUCAUUCAAUGGCUAUUCCCAAGACAAGUAGCUGCCAUAAAAGAAAAGUGCCGACUAGGCGAUAUCAACAGUCUUGCACUUUUGGCUUUAGUAUGGUCUGUGUUCUCAGAUGCUAUAGCCUCCAAUUCAUUCAGCGCCGUAGGAGCCACGGAUAUUGUUGCCAUCGCUGUUAUCAAUGCUGGAUUUUACAUUUCAUUUUCAUUGUUUUGCAUGGCGGCUGCAAGACUCCCAUUACCACGAAGCAUAAAGACUCCUGAAUGGGUCAAAAAGCUUCGAUACUCUAGGGCUGAUACGGUGGCUAUCAUGUAUUGCGGUGCUACUAAGACUGUCGCUAUGGGUGUCCCAUUAGUCAGUGUUCUCUAUCAAGACGCCCCUGCUGGUAUUGUCGGUGUCUUGACUACACCGCUACUGCUUUACCAUGUUGAACAGUUGAUUCUGGGUAAUAUUGAGCUUUUUAUACUCAAGGCAUGGGUCGAGCGUGGCGAAAAGAAGCAGGAAAAGCAGAGCCUUCUUCCCGCCACUGGAGAUGACGAACACGACAUUGGGCUACAUGAAAUUGAUAAUGCAUCAGAGCCUCAUACUCCUGACGCAACCUUGCCAACGCACAAUUCCAACACUCCUCCCCAUUACUAGAUACGAUCGAAAGCCAUAGUUCCUCUCACCUAAUUAUAUGCAUUAUAUCCCAAAAUAUGUUCUCUUUCGCACAAUGUAGAGAGACUUAAAGAGACAGUUUACCGUAUCAAGAAAUGAAAGAAAAACGCAAAGUUAUUUAUU